AUGCCUACAGGGUGUGCGUCGUUCAGCGAAGCCUUUGGCAUCAUCAUGCUUCGCCGGCUGAUCAUCGACCUGAAUUAUGGCAUGCAUCGUGGAAGCGCAUCGCACCUCGGCCGAUGCGUAAGCAAACCUACGGCAGAAUGCAAGCUGUGGCUUCGUGGAGCUUCCGUGUUUCGUGGGGCGCCUGCAGGUGCUACUCUCUUGUCUGAGGCCCCUGACAGACAUCCUAUCCAUGCAGCCGACCCCAGCCAACGUCGGCAUUUCGGCAAGGCAUCCAGAAAGCAAAUCGCACCUGUUGAGCUCAUGGUGGACGGAGAUGUUGCACCGAUUUCUCAUAUCCAGGAAGCCAUCGCCAACCUCAGGUGCGAGCAUCCCAGAAUCCGCACGAUGGUAUUUGCCGCACCGCGGCGCAUGGAAAAUGCCAAGUGGAGGCAGUUUGUUGCAUCCGAGCCGGAUAUGCAUUUCAAGGCAGUUUCACGAGAGGGCGUGAGGGGCCAGCCAACCGACGAAGCGAUGCUUUCGCAGGUUGAAAGUGUUCGUCAGAAUCGACGCACGGGGUACAUAGCAGUUCUGUCGUCUGAUAGCAAUCUCGUGAAGGAGAUCAUCAGGCUGGCUAUGGAAUGCAGCAUGAGGGUGAUUGUCUUCGGUCCAAGUUUUGCGGCUUAUGCCGAAGAGCAGUUCAUUGCAAUGGGUGCUCAAGUGCGACACCUUCAUCAGCGGAAUAUUCCUUUCAAGGUUCGGGGCGUGCUUCGCACAGACGGGACGGGUGAAUACGAGCUUGUGGAUUCCCCUCUGCUCUCUGCAGGGGAGAACCUGCAGCGAACAAAGUAUCUGCUGGGCUUUCUCAAAUCCCUGGGUUGGCUGUCGGAAUCAGACACGGAUCUCGAAGUACGCCUCCCGCAGACGCUUGUCAAGUUUUGGUUUCAUCAUUUCCGCACCGAUCCUGUUAGCAGUCAUGGAUCAAUGACGGUUUUCCCCAUAGAGCAGCUCAUCUGGACCAUGCAUGACAUCGUCCGCACUGGUGGAAGCUCCUGGCAGCAACGGCAAUCUGAGUAUGCUUACUGCACUCCACUGGUCCGGGUGAGCAGGCUCAGCAAGGAAAACGAAGCAAAGUAUGGUGGUAUUCGGCAAAAGCGUCUCUUCCUGGGCGGUGGCCCAAUAAUUCUUGACGACUCAGAUCAAGUUCCAGAGAAAAUGUUGACAAUUCUUGGGUACUUAGACCACUAUAACACGGACGUGCGCGAAGCUGCGUUCGUUUUUGUCAAUGUGAGUGACAACAAGUACAACCUGCGGCAGCUGGGAAUGCUUUCCGGGAGUAGCUUUCAGAUGUCGCAGCUGCGGAGCGCAUUUUUGGCAGACUUAACUUGUCAGUGGCACCGCGCGCCCGUCGAUACUUUUGUCCGCAAGCUGUUGGUCGAAAAAGGCUGCAUGCGAAGCGAGCAGGCUGACAAGCGCAAGGUAUGGAAGGCCAUGCGAGCGUACGCAAGAAGAACCCGUUUGCCUGGACCGGAGCUACAGACUUACAAUGGACUUGUGUGGCGCAUCCACCGAGGCCUGUUUGCGGACAAGGACCCCAGUACAAGAAGCGUUGUUGAGGUUCAUUCUGACAUUGGCUCGUCAUGA